GCAGACUUUUCCAGCAACCUGCCUGGGCCCUCUUUCCUUUUGUUCUUCUCAGUACUUCAGCUAUUUCUUAUCACACCUAAUAUUUAUUCCACAUGGGUAUUGAGACAGAGCCAACGGCCGCGUACAACCGGGCGCACCGGGCGCUGCGCCUGCACACAUUCGACCAUACGCGGGUCGCCGGGUCGCGCAUCGGCGGGCUAUGGUUCCUCCUGGCGGUGCGUGCACUGAUGUUUUCGUACGCCCUGUUCGUGUGGGUGUUUUCGCUGGUGCGCGAUGCGCGGGCAGGCACAGGCAAUGUGCAUUUUGCGUACUUUACGAAUCUGUGCUACACCGGGCUGGUGGCAUAUCUGGCAGCAUCCCUGUACCAUACGGUGCGGGCGAUCCGGCAGCGCUCGACCGCGUCGUUCUCAGACAUGUGGCCGGUAUUUCAGCUGAUGCACUGGCUGCUGUAUGGGUCGGUGGCGGUGUUUUCGGUGAUCGUGACGGGCGUGUACUGGAGCAUGCUGUAUCCGUCAGCGCACAACAUGAGCGGUAGGGAUACGUGGAUUAAUGCGUCUGUGCACGCAAUGAAUACGGGGUUCUUUGUGGUGGAGGCUGUGGUGGGCGGGAUGGUGCUGACGAGCCACUGGUCGCACCCGUGCGUGCUGGUAGCGGUCGGGUUCAUGUAUGUCAUGCUGGCAUACGUUAAUGAGGCAGUUAACGGGUUCUUUACGUAUGAUUUCCUCAACUACAAGGAAAAGAAGGGUGUGGAGGCGGCAUAUAUUUUUGGACUGCUGGCGGCCCUGUUCAUCAUCUACUAUGUUGUCUGGGCGCUCCAGCGGCUGCUCGAUCGGAUGCUGCCGGUGAAGAGCCACUGCGCGCAGGCUGGGAAUGACUCUGAGUACCAGCAGGUCGAGUGCUCGUCGCCGCCCAUGGAGCGUGUCUAGCAAGUUUUUAUAAAAAGAAAAACAUUUAUUACAUAUGUGUUAUG